UGUCGCUGCCGGGUGUCACGGCCGUCGCGCUCUACCGCUGCUCGGCGCCGGAGACCAACGUCGACUACAUUGGUAACAACAUUGGAACUGCGGCGUCGCCAACGUACGUGCGCUGCUGCGAGCUGUGCCGCAACACGGGCGGGUGCAGCGCGUUCUCGUGGGCCAGCGGCGUGUGCUACUUGAAGAGCGCCAAGGGGGCGACGACGAACGCGGCUGGUGUCAUCUCGGCCACGGUGCUCUAG